CGCCUGCUUGCCUCGCUGCCCGCCUGUCUGGUCUUUCGUGUCGCUCCCUUUGCCUGCGCGCGCUGGCUUCGGCGCGUGGCUUGUGUGCUUUCUCUCUUCCUCCUUCCCUCCCUCCCUCCUGGAGUUUGUCGCCGUCUUUCUUCUUUUCCUUCAUCGCAGAAGCCCUUCUUCUCCUCCUUCUCCUCUUCCUCCACCUAGAGUUGGUGCUCUUUUGAUCCAGGUGCGUUACUCUUGCUGCUGUUCUUUUUCCACUUGGUGAUUGACCCCAAUCUCUUCCGGACAACACUACACACAAACACACCUCAACCAACCGAGGAUUAUCUGCACAUCCAGGAUGGAGCUUCAGAAGAUGGGAGAUGACAUGGGCACGGAGAGGCUCAAUGGGACCAUACCUGACAAUGACAAAAUGGCUGUCUUGGAGGAUGGCUACGAGGAUGAGGAGCAUGGUUUGCCUGAGCAAGAGGAGUUCCUGCCCCACAUUGACAGCAAGAAACUGAGCCAGUUCACUGACUUUGAGGGAAAGACUUCGUUUGGGAUGUCAGUCUUUAACCUAAGCAACGCCAUCAUGGGGAGUGGGAUCCUGGGCCUGGCUUACGCCAUGAGGAACACAGGCGUCAUCCUCUUUGUGGUACUUUUGAUCAGCAUUGCAUUGCUAUCAUCUUAUUCCAUUCAUUUGCUGCUGAAAUGUGCUGGGGUUGUAGGAAUUAGAGCAUAUGAACAGCUGGGACUCAGGGCAUUUGGCCACGGUGGCAAAGUGGUUGCUGCUGUGAUAAUCUCGAUACACAACAUAGGAGCAAUGUCCAGUUACUUGUUUAUUGUUAAAUCUGAACUGCCGCUUGUGAUCCAAACCUUCUUAGGGCUGACAAAGAACAACAGCGAGUGGUAUAUGAACGGGAACGUCCUCAUCAUUAUCGUCAGUGUUUGUGUCAUCCUGCCCCUUGCUAUGAUGAAACAUUUGGGUUAUCUUGGUUAUACCAGUGGACUCUCACUCACCUGCAUGUUUUUCUUUCUCAUCUCGGUUAUCUACAAGAAAUUCCAGAUCUCUUGUCCUCACUCUCUCAACAACACCUUGGAGAAUGGGAGUGUUGCGGUUUCAGAAGACGAUGCCUGUGGUGUGGAGGUCUUCACUGUCAACUCCCAGACAGCAUAUGCUAUUCCUAUCUUGGCCUUUGCUUUUGUUUGCCAUCCGGAGGUGCUUCCUAUUUACACAGAGCUGUCCAGGGCCUCAAAGCGCCGGAUGCAAAAUGUGGCAAACGUCUCUAUCCUGGCAAUGUUUUGUAUGUACCUCCUGACCGCCAUCUUCGGCUACCUCACUUUUUAUGGGAGCGUUGAAGCAGAAAUGUUGCACACUUACAUCAAGGUUGACCCUGCGGACAAGCUCAUACUCUCUGUCCGUUUGGCUGUUCUGCUGGCAGUGACACUCACUGUACCUGUUGUUUUGUUUCCGAUCCGCAGGGCCAUCCAUCAGUUGCUGUUCCACAAAAAAGACUUCAGCUGGGUCCGCCAUGUCAUCAUUGCCUGCUGCCUUCUUGUCACUGUCAACCUCCUUGUCAUCUUUGUGCCAAACAUCAAGGACAUUUUUGGAGUCAUUGGUGCAACAUCAGCCCCCAGCCUCAUCUUCAUCCUUCCUAGCAUCUUUUACAUCCGCAUUGUCCCUAAUGAGAAGGAGCCGUUGCUGUCUAGGUCCAAAAUACAGGCUGCCUGUUUUGCUGCCCUAGGCUUCAUUUUCAUGGUGAUGAGUCUCAGCUUUAUCAUUGCGGACUGGGUUACGACAGGAAAGAGCAGUGGGGUGGGGCACUAACACCCUCCUUCCCUCCCCCAAGAGACACAGGGCUUGUGACCAGGGCGGGCCAUCCAGUGCCUGAGAAACAGCGUCAACUGCCUCCGGUUCUACCUUUGCUCCUCCUGGAGACGCCUCCGUCCCCUGCCUGUCCUUCUGGGGAGACAGCGGAAGGACCCUUGUGCUGCUGCCAUUGCAGGGUCGCCUCAGAGUAGCCAGGAAAGGCAGAGGGUCCUCCUUCUCGGUCACUCGUGCCUUUUGGGGCUGCAUAUCCAGUUACCUAAAAGAGGCCAUGGAUAAACUCUCCUCCAUUGGCGAUUUUUGGUGCUACGAGAACACAACUGACCGCUGUGUGCUUUUGGAUCCGGGGGUGGGAGCAGCACAGUGCUCACUCCUAGCCGUUUUUACCUCCUUGGCAGUAUGAUACCUGUUGCCACCCGCUGUGAGUCACAGCAAAAAACUGUGUGGGUUUUGUUGAGAGGGAGGGGGUGGGUUGGUUCAAAGUGACACUACUAUUGCUCAACUGAAAUGGGGACACCCCUCUCCACAAAUUAAGGAAUCCCCAAUUGGUGUUCCCUUUUGUCUCCUUUUCCUAGGCUAUUUCAGUGACAUAGAUUUAUGUGCUCUCUUCCUUGCUUUGUAGUUAGGCAGAGCAACAGCCCCUGCCCUUCUGUUACAGUGGAGUCUCGUUUAUCCAACACAAACAAGCUGGCAGAACAUUGGAUACGUGAGAAUGUUGGAUAAUAGGGAAGGGUUAAGGAAAAGCCUAUUAAACAUCAAAUUACGUUAUGAUUUAACAAAUUAAGCACCAGAACAUCAUAUUUUACAACAAAUGGACAGAAAAAGCAGUACAGAACAUAGUGACGUUAUGUAGUAAUUACUGUAUUUACGAAUUUAGCACCAAAAUAUCUCAAUGCAUUGAAAGAGCUGUGGAUCCAGGUGGGAGGCAGACUGCAUUGGAUAAUACAGAACGUUGGAUGAGCAAAGGUUGGAUAAGUGAGACUUGUACUUGUAAGCAAUGUCCUGACCUUUAUUCACCUGCCUUCUCCCUUGCCUUCUACCCAUUAUAUCAAUCAUACCAUCUGUGCCUGGGGGUGUAGCCCCAGUGUUAGGGCAACUAAGCCAAUGAUAUGCCCCCCAACAUGACAAUCUAAUUUAUUUUUCCUUUUGGCUCAUAUUUAAUUUGGACCUGGCUACAAGACCAAAGAAUUACUAUAUUACUGUCCUAGUGCCUCCAGCCAUUUGUGCCAGGAUUUCAGGUUUCUCUUAACAGAGUUGAGGUCUAUGGUGUUAAAACAAAGGAUGAGGUAGAGUCCACUCUCCUGGGUCAUUUCCCCAGCUUUGUGGAUGAGGUGUGUGGAAUGAGUGCGACAAGUUACAACAAGAAGUUUUGGAAACAAGCUUGUGAGAAAGAAGCACAGAAAUCCCAUGGCUUGUUCAGAGGCGCUCCUUGUUUUGUCGUAUCACUAAGUGAUGCUAGAUUUGCCUGAGGCCAUUCACUACAUCAUGCCAUCCAUUGAUUUCCUCUGGGACAAGUCACUCAUUCCACAGGGAUAGACUCUCCAAAGAUUGUGCCUGAACUGUGGCUUCCAUCUGAGACAAAAUGGCUUUCACAGUCCAGUAUUAGUCAAAAUAGCUUCAAGUUGGUGCUGAUGAACAAUAGUCAUCAAAAGGUUUGACUUAAAGGCAUUGCAACACACUAGGGAGAAAGGUUAAUUUCAUGGGUGUAUCCAUAGUUGGCACUCUUCAUUCACACACUUUUCCUGGGGGCUGUAGGCAAUAUUUGAGAGGAAAAAACUGGAAAACCCAAUUCUUGAUGUGUAUAAGAAAACCCUAUGGAUUUUAUGGGGUCAGCAUAAGUCUACAUGCAACUUGAAGGCACAUACAUAUACAUCAAGCAUCAAUCCCAAAGAGAUUUCCCUGUGUACCUUUUCUGUCUUUCUAAAUGGAAGAAAUUUUCACAUAACAAGGACAAAGCAGAAGAAAAGAGCGUUCUCCAUAUUGUGGAGUGCCAACCUACUGUUCUCCCAUCUGCUUUAAGUGAUGUGGUUUGGUGCAAGGCUUAGACCAGUGAUUCUCAACCUGUGGGUCCCCAGGUGUUUUGACCUACAACUCCCACAACUCCCAUCCAGUUUACCAUCUGUUAGGAUUUCUGGGAGUUGAAGGCCAAAACAUCUGGGGACAUACAGCUUGAGAACCACCGGCUCUCUCACUAUGCAUCCAUGGUGUUGUGUGCCUUUAAGUCAUUUCCAACUUAUGGAGACCCAGAGGUAAACUUAUCCUGGGGGCUCUGAGGCUAAGAGAUUGCGGGUUGCCCAGGGUCACCCAGUGGGUUCUCAUGGCCGAGCAGCUCCUGUAUCUCUCUCUGCACAUCUUCCCUGUUUCCUGUGUAUCCGUGACAUUUUAAUUCUGUUUUUUGUUUAAUUUUUUCCCAUUUAGUCUUUUUUUUUUGCCUCUAUGUUUCAUAUUUGCACAAUAGCACUUAAAUUUCAAAAAUACUUACUUGCUUUAAGAAAGAUGUUUUGCUUUCAUGUCCUCUUCUGCCUUCUGUUUUUUUAAUAUUGGUGAAAGUGGUGCACUUGUCCUGGAAUUUUUAAAGUGCUUUGGUAUGAAUUUUGAAAUAAUUAUUAAAAUUAAUUUUUUUUUUAAAAAAAAAGAAUGAUUAAAAGAUCCAGAUGAAUUGUCACAUGGCCUUGUAAGGUCCACUUAGAAGACAGGCAGGAUACAUAUAGUCUGCAUUUAGCUUAUUUGUAUGCUGCUUUUCCACAGCGAACAGUGUCCAAAAGCAGCUUUCAGUAAACAAUAUCAAAAUACACAACAUUUACAUUUUAAAAGUUGUUUUAUAUACUUGAAAUUGAUAUAUUUAAGUAAGACAAAAGCAACAAUCAGAUAAAGGCAGAGUAAAUUCGAUAUUACAAUUAAUUAAGUUAUGUGUUUUUUGGGCUGUAUGGCCAUGUUCCAGAAGCAUUCUCUCCUGACGUUUCACUUGCAUCGAUGGAAGGCAUCCGUAGAUGUUCUGAGACCUCACAACCUCUGAGGAUGCCUGCCAUAAAUGCAAGCAAAAUGUCAAGAGAGAAUGCUUCUCGAACAUGGCCAUACAGCCCAAAAACACACACAACAACCCAGUGAUUCCGGCCAUGACAGCUUCCGACGCUAAAUUAAGUGCUCAUCCAAAUCAGAAGACACCAAAAAAGAUAACGAAAAUAUCCUUGAAGGUCAGGGUUAGCCCUGUGGUAUGGCUUUCCUUAGACAGUUUCAUGGCAAAAAAUUGCCAAUUACAAUCUUUAUUUUCCACCAUUGAGGAUGGAAAGGAGAUGUCAUUCGGAUUUUCUACCUCAAGUACUAAAAUGGCUUGGGUUGCUUUAACACACUGAAGGAUCAAGUGAAGAGAAUAGAGGAAUUGGCACAGAGUCCCAUCUUCAAGAAGUUCCCUUUGCAAAUCUGAUCAGGAUCUGUGCCAGGGUGACUUUCUAGGUUUGCAACCUUCCCAACUCUGGUACCCAUUGGCUUCUCUUCUCUUUUUGCAACUCUAGUUCUUUAGUCUUGUUCUCUUGCCCCUUUUUAUACCGAUAUCCCAAACUCGUCAUGGCUUCCAUAUAGGUCGCUGUAUUAUUACCAGUACUAUUGCAUCAACACACCACCUAGUUUUCUCCAGCUGUUAAACAUUCUUUGGCACUGUUGCAAUAAGUCGUGAUUUGUUAACUUAAAAUGGUGGGUGUCCAUUUUAAGUUAUUGGAAUUGGAAAUAUCCUUUGCCAAGUGCUAAAAAUGUGUUGCUAUUUCAUUAUAGUAUGGCCUGUACAGCCGCAGUGGUCACCCCAUAUCUCCUGAAGCAAAGUCUGAGGCAGUCUGCUCCACUAUCAAAUAGCUCAUACUUUCUGAAGGCCCUUCAUAAUGUUUAGUAUUUCUCAAUUGAACCAGUUAAUUUGGCUUUUGCCUUCUGGGGAAAAACGAAACCAAAUUUUUAGUGAUGGUGGGAGUUGUAGUCCCAACAGAUAUCUGGAUGGUAUGCAUUACAGGAUGAAAAGGGCUGUGUUAAUCAUGUCAUAUUAGUCAUUAUUCAGCAGCACAGCACACAUUGCUUUUACUUGAAAUGUUUCAUAGUAUACCUGUUUCUUGUUUGGGCCAAAUUACUUGGUCUGCUAGCACAAGGUGGGCAGUGCACAGCCUUCAAAGUGAUGGACCAGAGGUUCUUUCAAUCCUUACUGGGAUUGUCAAUGCUGAGGGAUUUCAUGGAUUGUAGGUCCAACAAUAUCCAAAGAACGCAUAUUGCUCACCCCAGGACUAGCAGCUUUGCUUUUUUAUUUUAUUAUUAUUAUUUUGUCAUGUCAGGAACAACUUGAGAAACUGCAAGUCGCUUCUGGUGUGAGAGAAUUGGCCAUCUGCAAGGAUGUUGCCCAGGGGACGCCCGGAUGUUUUGAUGUUUUACCAUCCUUGUGGGAGGCUUCUCUCAUGUCCCCGCAUGGGGAGCUGGAGCUGAUAAAGGGAGCUCAUUCGCGCUCUCCCUAGAUUCGAACCUACAACCUGUCAGUCUUCAGUCCUGCCGGCACAAGGGUUUAACCCACUGCGCCACCAGGGGCUCCAGCAGCUUUGCUAAGUAUAUAUAUGUAUAUUUGAAAUGGCAAAAAUAUGAAGUUCUUUGGAACUCCAGAAAUACAUUGCAUUUACAUUUCUGCAAUGGUUGCAUCCUUCCCUAAAACUGUCAGUAGUCUGAAUCGGAUGGAAAUCCUUGUUCACGUAAUAUGGUCCACCUUUUUACAUUGGGACAUAUGCUGUGUUGUUCCUGCUCAAUUCAUCUGUUGUAGUAGCCCAUCAUGAUGAUGAGACAGUUAAAUUGUUACAUUGCAUUAUGAUUACUUUUCCAGUACUUUCUGUUGUUGUAUAAAGGGGUGGGCAAAUCCUCCAGAUUGAUAAUAAAAGGGGACAAAACUUCAGCAUAUCCUGUCAAAACACCUCUUCAAAUACGGUAAUUUAGAAAUAAUUGGAAACAGUUACCUUUGACAAUAAUAUUUUGCUUUUAUUUUUGAAAUGCUGGAAAAGUUAAUUUGGAAAGUGAUUUGUUUUGUUAAGUCAUUACAGUAGCUAAAAAGUAAUCCAUUGCAAUCACUCAUCAUUCUAUGAUUCUAUAAUGAUGAUGGAAAAUUACAUUUCUUGUUACUUUUCUCAUUUCAUUUCCAGUAUUUUUUGUUACUUUAUAAGGGGGUGGCGGCGAAACUCUCCUCACCAAUAAGAGAGAAGCAUAAAACUUCAAACCGUCCUGUCAAAAUGCCUCUUGAAAUGCGUUAACUUGAAAAUAAUUAGAAACUGUUACUUUUUACAACAAUAUUUUGCUUUUAGGGUUAAAACGUAAUUUUGUUAUAUUCUUGAUACAUUAAGACAACUGAUUAUAUUUAACAACCUUGCUUAAUUUGUUGCUUUCAGCUUUUGUGACAAAUGUUUGGGGUGGCUCCUGUCUGUGUGGCCGACCCAUCCAGGUUUACAUUUCUCUUCAUUUUCACAGGGUGUUUGUGUCUCACUACAAUUCCUCGUCCUCACAUGGUGUUUGGGUGACUGCAGGUUGCCAUUACCCUUUUCCAUUCUCUCUCUGGAAGCCUCAGGAUUUCUUCCCAUAGAGACUUAACAGCUCUUGAUUCUGGUUGGAGUCGGGGCAGGUUUCAUGUUUAAGGGAGGAGGGAAUUGCAGAUUGAAAAUGUGAAAAUGGAUGCAAGGACACGGUAUUUGUUUAAUUUUGGAAUGCAAUAAAAACUGUUGACUUUCAGGAGAAACAA